AUGAUGGACAAUUCAAUUGACGAUCAGUUCCUGUCGGAAAGUUCAGUUGUUCCACCCUGGGUGUCGAUGGCGACCACGGUCGUUCUGGUGAUGGUGUUCCUUCUGUGUAUUUCCGGUAACUCUCUCGUCCUGAUCAUCCAGUGGCGGCAGGCACAUCACUCAAGUACAGACUAUUUCGUGGUGACCAUGGCGGCUUUUGAUCUACUCACGGGAAUGACGUUGAUCCCGCUGAUAGUGGCGUUCCUGCAUGUGCCUCUCUGGCAAAUGAUCGCCAGUGACCCCAUUUGUAAGGUGUAUACGUACGUCCGAUACACGGUCAGCAUAGCCACUACAGUCCUCCUGUCCACCACGGCGCUGGACCGCUACUUUAAGAUUUGCAGGCCGCAUUCACGCGUGUUCAGUGCGACCACAGCGCGGCGGACAUGCCUUCUAAUGUCAAUCGUUUUCUUAAUCGGGUGUUUACCUACCGCUUUCACGAGGGAACUUAACACUGACGGAAUGUUAUGUAAACGAACCGGUGCGUUAUGCUAUGUAUUUGAUUCUAUACUGGUGUUGACAACCGCUGGGCUGUUUGGAAUAACAUCAGUUUCCUAUUUUCUUGUAGCUAAGCAAUUACGAAAACGGAGGCGACCUCGACCUGAACUAGCAGUCUCAUAUAAUGCGUCUAAACGCAUCUUAAGUGAUAAAGUUGUCACACCCCGUGAGGGCCAUAACGCCAUGCCCAUAAGUCAACACGAACAACCAUUGGGAGAUAAUUGUCAAGGUAUAGAAAUCAAUGGAGCAACCGGCAAUCAAGAUGAAGGUGGCCAACUAAGUACCAUAACACCAGCCCCUAGGACGUUAGCGGAUCCGCCACACACACGUGUUUUAGGACUGCAGAAUACAGUAGGUCAUCAAAACCAGCAACCGCCUAGGACAAAACAAACACUAUCAAUGACAAAUCGACGGCUGACGCGUACCACGUUCGCAAUGUUUCUUAUAACGGUCGUUUACGUUACGUCGUGGAUGUUGACGUUUGUGGCGAUGAUAUUGGAGCAUGCGCAAUCUUGGUCGGAGAGUACCUUAAUCCUGCGUCACACGCUUCUGAUAUCGUACAUCGUGAACUGCGCUACUAAUCCUCUGUUUUUCAUAUGGCUGAGUUCCGCCUUCCGGAGCAGGGUGAAAGAAGCGCUGAAAUGCAACAGUCGUCGAUAG